AUGAACCCAAUCAUACAGAAAUAUCGCAGGACCACUGGUUAUGUGUUUCACAUAAUCAACCUGACCAUUCUGCUGUUGCUCUGGACCGUAUGCACCAUCAUCCUGUUUAUCUACAAGCCUGAGGAGCUCACCAAGUCGAUGGUCACCGUGCUGCCCAAUAAGACGGCCUUCAGGGAUGUUGAGCUGAAGCAGGACGCCGUGGGGAUACAACUGAAUGGGGCCAUUAACACGUAUCUGACGAACCACAGAGUUAAGACAACCAACUUUUCGGCCGUUGGAGUUCGAUUGGAGUGGCGCGAUCGGUGGAUGAAUCGGAGCUUUUUGCGCACAGGCAUGUGGAUGGUGUAUAUGUACACGGAUAAAACGAAGUACCUUCAGGUGCACAGAGUUUUUCAGUUCUCGAUUUCAGGAUGGCACCAUGAAAGGUCCUUGAUCCAGCGCACUUUGCAAUCUGAUCGUGAUCUGGUGAACUCCUCCUAUGACUGGGCCAUGGCGCAGGCGGUGAUUUCAUUCGAGAGCAUGAGUAGGGAUCCGGUGGGUCUGCUCUUGACGGUGGACAACACUCCGUUGGAGACCGGCUUGGGUAUACUGUAUGCCGCCUUUCUGAUCGUCGGCCUCUAUGCUAUUAUCAUCUGGGACUCUGCGGAUCGUAUUCUAAACACCUUGCUGAUAACAUCUUUGUCCUUGGCCCUUCUCACCGUUUUGGGCGAUAGACCCACUCUAGAAAAGAUAGUGAGUUGGGUGGACUGGGAGACCAUGAUGAUCCUGCUGGGCAAUAUGAUAAUGACAUCGCGCAUGGCGGAUACCGGGUUGUUUGACUACCUGGCCGUGGUGGCCUAUCGUAUCUCCAAGGGCCAUGCCUGGGUGCUGAUCGCCCUUUUGGGCGCGUUGGUUGCCAUGACCUCCACUUUCGUGGACAAUGCCACUGUGGUGCUUCUCUUCUGCCCAUCCGUCAUACGAUUGUGCGAGGCGAUGGGCUUGAGAACCACCUUGGUCCUCAUCAUCGUAGCAAUUUAUGCAAAUAUCGGAGGCUCUAUUACCCCAAUUAGUGGGCCACCCAAUACUAUCAUAGCGACCAAUAAGAUGGUGGAAUCCGCCGGCCUGAAUUUCGUUCGCUUUUCGCUCUUCAUGCUCCCGAUUGCUUUGAUCUGCCUGGCGUCCACCUUUUGCCUGUUUUACUGGACAAUGAGUAAGAAGAUCUACAUCCUGGACGACAAUCAGGUGGAGCUAGCAAAUAAGCGGCGAGGAAAUGCCAGGCCCUCCUUCGAUAUUCAGCUGAGGAUUGCCGAGCUGAGAAGGCAGCCAAGGAGCACGGUGCUCCCUCCGGCAGACAGCUACUUCGUGAUCCUGGCAACCUUGGAGGCGAGCAAUUGGGUACGCAAGAAGAUGCUGCUGGUGCAAUCCUUUCUGGCCCUGGGCUUUGCCGCCUUUUGCUUCAUUCUGCAAUCGAUUCCCUGGACCAUUCCCGGUGCCUCUCUGGGCUGGAUAUCCAUUCUGGCCGCCUUCCUGCUGCUAAUCAUGAUGAAUCCGAAGGAUCUCAUCCAGGUCUUGGCCAAGGUCAAUUGGGGCACAAUGCUGCUACUCGCCUCUCUCUUCAUCUUCACCGCGGUCGUUGACGAACUGGGCCUCAUCCACUGGAUGGGCUAUUUGGUGGUGUCUCUGAUCGUCCGAGUGGACGAGUCAUACCAGACCAUGGUUGGCAUGCUCCUGAUCCUCUGGCUUUCAGCCCUGCUCUCCGCCUUCAUCCACAAUGCGGCGGUGGCCCCCAUCAUGGUGAAACUCUGCACUGACAUGGUCAUCCAUGAUGAGGUGCAGAUACGCCUACUGCCCCUCAUCUGGGCCACGAGCAUGGGCACCAGCUACGGAGCCAAUGGCACCCUCUUGGGCUCCUUGGCCAACGAGUUCGUCUCGGUGGUGGGCAGAGCUUAUGGCUACAAGAUCACCUUCCAGUCAUUCUUUGUGGUCGGUUUCCGCAUUAUGCUCUUCACCGUUGUCAUCUGCUCGAUUUUCCUAAUUAUUGCCCACUCAAUCUUUGCCUGGCAUUAG